AUGGAGGCGCUGGUUUAUGAAGACUCACCAUUAGCUGACUACCUGGAGGGCGAGGGAGUAGCACAGCAAGACUGGGCACCUCAACAUGAAGAGCACCACCCAACUCAAACGCCUCUAGAUUCGUUGACAGCGAAUUUCGCUCCUCGAGGGCCCCCUACAUUUCAAGACCGAAUACGAAAUAAACUGCCUGCACCGUUACAAUUGAAACCCAUGGGCCAGCAAGAAACUCUAGCCAAGAUCCAUAAUGCCUGCAAAGCAGCGAUUAGCACGAAAAUAGGGAAGAGCGAGAACGAGCGGUUUCUUGAACAGUUUGGAUACACGAUUGUUGCCUCCCAGCUCCUCAACGAGCAAAGCGCACCGUCGUACAGCACCGUGUCGGGAUUACUAUCGAAUACAACUCAUAAUGCUGAUCUGCCAGGCACACGAGCAGCAAGUUUUGGUUUAAGAGGGGCUAUAUUCACAGCCGGGGCAUCGUUUUCCGUGGUUUGGAUACUCCACUGGGCUAGAUCUCGCCAGGGCUCCGGUUGGGAUUUCCGGCGGGUCUGUAUCCUUAUCAUUCUUCUUCUGGCAGUCGCGACAGCAUUCUACGCUUUCGCUAAGCGUCAGUGGUUGAAAUACCUUCGUCGCCAGGCCGUGGAUGUUGCAUCUGUUCUCGUCACCAACGCACAGUCUUUUGAUUCUGCGGCAUCGGCUUCGGUUGUCUUGAUACAGGAGGUGGAACUGGUCUCCAGAGGAUAUAGAAUAAGCACCCCUAUGCCUCCAAUAACCCGGUUGGAAGAGCAAACACAAACACGACGCUGUUUGAGACUCCGGCGCAUUCUUUCAGAGUGCCUUUCGGAGAUGCUAGAGAAAUAUUUGGAUGCAAAACGACAUCUACGAUCACUUACAGAUACUGCUAAUUUAGAAAAAUAUUACGACAUAUAUGAUUUCUCGCCAGAGGAACUUGAGGAACCCAAGUCUCUGUCAACUGACAGUCCAUUGGAAGACAAGACCUCAUUACGAUCUCUUAGACACUUGUUUUCGAGAGCUUACGCCGCUAGAAAAGGCACAUUAUGCUGCUUGCUAGCGCUACCGGCGGAGGGCGGGGAAGCCGAUAUUGCAUAUUGGAGUACUGCUAUUGAGGAGAUGCAACGCCUCGCUGUUACAAAUGGAGCUUGCGUACAAAGACUGGCAGCAAUACUCAACGAGCAAGACUACAAUAUAAUACCACCCUCCCCCCAAUCCAAGCUUACCCCAAAUAAAGACCGUCAUCGUGCGCAACUUAGGCGACUCAAUUCUCUGUCCCAAGGCAUCCGUGGGAUACAUGCCAAAAUGCAACUUAUUCGCGAGGAAUCUGAUGCCAGCCUUGAGCGAGCAACGGAUGAUGUAGAUUUUGGUACAACACUGGCAACUCUCUACCAAUCUAUCGGGACGGAUUUAAGGGGAUUAUUACAAGAGUGGGAAGCUGGAAGAUCUUCCUUAUUAGCCACUAUGGAAAAUCCCGAUCGUCUCUCGCGGCCCACAAGUCUACUACGGACGCCAGCAUCUCCAACGUUUAGCCUAGGUGGCGUGACUGCAGUUGAAGGGGGCCCUGCGGAGGCUCUUCGAGCAUUGAAUGGCGAGGACCAGCACCUCGCAAGCCCAGAUAACAACAUGGAUGACGAUGAAGUUUUUGAAGCAAUUGCCCUGCCCCGGAAACGUAGCUCCAUGACAAGAGAUGAAAGAAUAGCCCGAAUGAAAGAAGAGCGGGUUAGACAAGCCGUGGCACGAGAGAAAUCGGACGCAAAUACACACAUGUUGAGAGAGCUAGAAACAGUUAUUAGACUACACACUUUCCCAUCCCCCGACAAACUGCUUGACACUCACUACAUCCAAUUCGGACACAUUUAUACCAGUAAUUUACUACUGUUGGAAGCACGGCUAGAACAAGCCAGUUUGUUGAAGAAGGUUGUUGAUGCCAUCAAAGACCUAGUGCAGGACUGCAACUUCGACUGCAAUGACUCAGGAAUCGCCCUCCAAGCCAUGGAUAACUCCCACGUGGCACUGGUCUCUAUGAUGCUGAAAGCAGAAGGCUUUUCCCCCUACCGCUGCGACCGCAACGUCGCGCUGGGAAUUAACCUGGUCUCUCUCACAAAGGUUCUGCGAGCUGCACAAAACGAAGACAUUUUGACGUUAAAGGCAGAGGAUUCCCCAGACGUCAUUAACCUCGUCUUUGAGAGCGCGCAGACGGACCGGCUGAGCGAGUAUGAUAUCAAGCUUAUGGAUAUUGACCAGGAGCACCUGGCGAUUCCGGACACAGAGUAUGCGGCUACAGUUGACAUGCCGUCGACGGAGUUCAGGAGGAUUUGUACGGAUUUGGGAAACUUGUCGGAGUCUGUAAUGAUCGAAGCCAACAAGGAUGGUGUUAAAUUCUCCUGCCAAGGCGAGAUUGGCAACGGCGCCAUCACCCUCCGCCAACACACCAACGUCGAUAAUCCAGACCAGAACGUUUCCAUCGCCCUCUCAGAGCCCGUCUCCCUCACCUUCUCCCUUAAAUAUCUUAUGCACUUCUGCAAGGCUACAGGCCUGUCGACGUCCGUUCGUCUGUGUCUCUCACAGGAAGUGCCGCUCCUAGUCGAGUACGGAUUGGGCAGUGGCCAUCUGAGAUUCUUCCUUGCGCCAAAGAUCGGAGACGAAGAGUGA